AUGCGAAAGUUGGAAUGGGACGACAUGGGAGUGAAGAUUGAUGGUGGGCAGCUACACCAUUUGCGCUUUGCUGAUGACGUCGUACUGAUAACACCUAGCAUCAGCCAAGCGGAACGAAUGCUGACCGAAUUCGACGAAACAUGUGGAUGCAUCGGUCUUCAGCUGAAUCUACAAAAGACGAUGUUCAUGCGGAACGGAUGGGUCUCGGAUGCCCCAUUCACGCUCAACGGAACGAACAUAUCCGAAUGCACCAGCUACGUUUAUCUGGGUCGGGAACUGAACAUGAUGAACGACCUGACCCCCGAGCUGGGCAGGAGGAGACGAGCGGCUUGGGGAGCGUACAAGAGCAUCGAGGAUGUAGUGAAGAAGACCAGGAACACCCGGCUCCGUGCUCACCUCUUCAACACCACCGUACUUCCUGCUUUGACCUAUGCUUCGGAAACCUGGGCAUUUCGCAAGCAGGAAGAAAACGCGGUGAGCGUCAUUGAACGCGCAAUUGAGAGAGUGAUGCUAGGAGUAUCCCGUUUCACGCAAGUGAGGGACGGGAUUCGAAGUUCUCUCCUACGUCAGCGAUCGAAGAUUAGAGACGCUGCCGCGUUUGCCAAGGAAAGUAAAAUAAGGUGGGCCGGACACGUGAUGCGCUUUAAUGACAACCGUUGGACCAGAGCCGUGAGCGACUGGGUUCCCCGCGAUAUUAAGCGCACUACAGGAAGACCGCCGACCCGAUGGUCAGAUUUCUUCACGAAGUCCUUGAAAGAAAAAUAUGAUGCUCUUCGUGUCCCACGCGAAAGGAGGAACCACUGGGCUACUCUGGCACGCGAUCGGGACAAAUGGAAGAAUUACUGGCGCCCGCUCGACCAGUUCGAAGAUCAACGGGAGUCAAGACUUUUGACAGAGGCGAAGAAUGGCAAGAAGAGGCGACAAGAUAUCAUGAUACGAGAAGAUGGACAACAGACGGGUGCACAACAAAACCAACACCGCCUACCACCAUUUGCGAAUGCUGUUUUGUACGACGGCAUCUACUGCAACGCUCCUCCCCUUGCGCAGCGUCCGCCUUGCGAUUCGUUGAAAGUGGAUUCGGACUGUCCCAAUAGGCAAAUAUCGUCAUUCACAAAUGAUCCUAUGCUGUUGUUAGCACGAGUUGUUGUGAAUAGGAAGGAGAUACAAACCCACAAAAAAACAAAUUCCCUUGAUCGGGGACUAACCUUAGCCAAAUCUAUAAAGGCAGGACCGUUCCCUCCUCCUUCGAAUAAGUCGAAUUCGUUAACACACCAAGAAACGGAUGACGAUGGUGAAGAAUGCGCUCGAAACACAGAAGCUGAAGGUGUAAUCCUUCAAAUUACAACUAAAAUUAUCGGCAAUGAUCCACUCACAUCUCGACACGAAGUGUCUAGGAAGAUUAUGGAGCUCGAAUCACUGAGAAACACUAAGUGGGCGGAGAACUGCAUACAUACAACGCCGGAAUUUUCUGAAGGGAUGAACAUUCUUAGUAGUUGCGAUUUAGAGAACCAGAAUGCUGAUAGAAAUGAAGCUGGCCCACAUGAAGAAGUCAAACAGGUGGCUAUCUGCUCUUCCAUGGAUCCAAUCACUCGAGAUGUCGAGAGGAGACUUUAUAGUACGGUUGCAGAAAAAGGAGCUCAACAUCAACGGAAGCCCGACAUGGCAGGUCUGAAAGACGAUGAAAGAUGA